UGGGGUGCCGGCCGCGGCCCGGCCCCUUCCGCCCAGCCCCGCCCCCAGCGGGCGUUUGGGGCCAAAAGCCCCCAAAGCGGGUGCGGGAGGGGGAACGUUGGAGCGCGGAACCUGCGGGCCGCGGCGCGGUGGUUCCGGGGGGAGCCCGUUCCCCGGCGCACCGCCCCCCCCACCCCGGUGUGGGGCGCCGCCGGCAGGAAAGACGUGGUGUUCAGGCCUCUGCUCCUCGUCACCACCGCUGCAGCUUGCCAAGCGUGGAGUGGGUUUGUCAGCGCUGCCCCCUGCCCUGGGGCGGUCCCCUGGUGCUGGUGUGAGCUUGCCCCACCUGCUCUGGUUUCUCGCUUUGUCCCCCAAAGUGUGGGGGUUGAGCCUCCCUCUCUUAAAGACAGCAAGUAUUCAACUGCUCCGCUCUCCUAGACCCAAGCCCCCUGCAGCAACCAACUUCUUAUUUGGGUAUGCACAGCCGGUGGGAAUGACUUGUGUUACUGACUAUCGCUCUGAGCAACUGGUAAAAUAAAGGAAACUGCCCCCGGUGUUACCUCAGCUGUCCUGUCCCGCGGUUCUGCACGCAGUCAACACUGUUUCUCCAAAGUCUAUAAAUGCACAGGCCCGGCUAAAGAUUCACUUCUAAGCAAGCAACGCUGGCAGGAUGCUGCUCUCCUUGCUCUUCCCCCACGUUAGCUGGCCCGUCCGAUGCCUCGUUCGUGACUUGCACCGUUGCACGCGGGGGCUGUAUGGGCAGAAGAGGGCUGGCUGCUCCCGCAGGGGUCUGCAAACCACACGGACAGCUUGCAGCAAUGAUGUCACCCCUGUUUUCACCAGAGCUUUGGCUUUUGGUGAUAAAAUUGCCAUCAUUGACCAGAAUGGUGAGCACACGUACAAGGACCUUUUCAGUCAGAGUCUACGCUUGUCCCAGGAGAUCUGCAGAGUUCUGAAGUGCUCCAGCAGGGACUUGAAGGAAGAGAGGAUCUCAUUUUUGUGUCCCAAUGAUUCCUCAUAUGUGGUUGCCCAGUGGGCCUCAUGGAUGAGUGGAGGCAUAGCAGUCCCCCUUUACAAGAAACACCCCGUGCCAGAGCUGGAGUACGUGAUUCAGGACUCUCAGAGUGCUUUAGUCAUCGCGGCAGAGGAAUAUGUGGAGAAAAUGGCCCCUAGUGCUGCGAAGCUGGGAGUCCCGGUUUUGCCGCUGCUUAGAUCUCAUAGCGAUGGAUCUGCAAGUCAUACAGCACUGGAAGAGGUUCCCUUAACAACCAGCUCCUCAUGGAAAGGCAGAGGAGCCAUGAUAAUCUACACUAGCGGGACGACAGGGAGACCAAAAGGUGUCCUCAGUACCCAUGAGAACGUACAAGCUGUGACCACAGGGCUGAUUGACAAGUGGGAGUGGAAGAAGGAAGAUGUUAUUCUGCACGUGCUGCCUUUACAUCAUGUCCAUGGGGUGAUCAAUAAGCUUCUCUGUCCUCUCUGGGUGGGAGCGACAUGCAUCAUGUUACCCGAAUUCAGUGCACAGAUGGUUUGGAAGAAGUUCUUAAGCUCCCAAGCGCCCCGUAUCAGUAUCUUCAUGGCGGUACCCACUAUUUAUGCCAAACUGAUAGAGUAUUAUGACAAACAUUUCUCUCAACCACAAGUCCAGGAUUUUGUGCGUGCCUUUUGCCAGGACAACAUCAGGUUAAUGGUGUCAGGCUCAGCAGCCCUGCCUGUGCCCGUCCUGGAGAAGUGGAAGAACAUCACUGGGCACACGUUGCUGGAGAGGUAUGGGAUGACUGAGAUUGGGAUGGCGCUUUCUAACCCUUUGCAUGGAGUCCGUGUCCCAGGUUCGGUGGGGACCCCGCUUCCGGGGGUGGAAGUGCGCAUUGCCACCGAGACCUCGAAAAGUGGCGUUCAGUCCUACAGCAUCCAUGCCCAGGGAGAUGAAAACAGCACACAGGUGACACCGGGCCGGGAAGGCCAAGAAGGGGAGCUUUUCGUUAAGGGGCCCUCGGUAUUCCGCGAAUACUGGAAUAGACCCAAAGAGACAAAAGAUGCUUUCACGCCCGAUGGCUGGUUCAAAACAGGAGACACGGCAGCGUACAAAGAUGGCGUUUACUGGAUCAAGGGCCGCACCUCGGUAGACAUCAUCAAGAACGGCGGGUUUAAAAUCAGUGCUCUGGAAGUGGAGCGUCACUUGCUGGCGCACCCGCACAUAACAGACGUGGCCGUGAUUGGGGCCCCGGACAUGGUGUGGGGCCAGCGGGUCAGCGCGGUCGUGCAGCUGCGCAAGGGGGAGAUGCUGUCCGUGAGGGACCUGAAGGACUGGGCCAGAGAGACCAUGGCACCUUACACCAUCCCCACAGAGCUGAUCGUGGUAGAGGAGAUCCCGCGCAAUCAGAUGGGAAAAGUCAACAAGAAGGAUCUUCUGCGGCGCUUUUACCCGUCCUAGUGCACAGCCUCAGGCCAGGCCAAGGAGCCCGGGGGUGCUUGGUCCUGUGCUGCAUCCAUUUCCAGGGGCUGUUUCUGAAACGAUGCUGUCUGGGUACCAGCAGUGACGAGCAGUGGCAGUUCUGGGCUCACUGCAGUGGUCACAGUCUUGUCCAUGGAAUAAAGUCCAAUAAAAGCGGGAUUCAUCCCA